AUGGACGAUGCUGCGGUGCCUCCAGCAACAACAUCAACGGGACAAGGAGCCCAAACGGACAACGGUCAACCUUCAACAGAUACCCAGUCAGCACACACACCUAGCAUGACAACGGCUCUGACCUCUGACCCUGAGGUCAUCCAAUGGGCCGGUCCUUCUCCUUCGACUACUGACGCCACCAUCUUGCAGGUCCCUAAUGAAUCGACCCCUGAUUCACACCCCCAGGACACUGGCCCGGUAUCUGAACCCGUUGAAGAGACACAACAUCAACAAUCAGAGACAGAGCCGGCAACAACAACCACACCAGCAGCUCCAGCAAAACAGGUGUUCUCGCUCUUUCUCACACCAGAACAACGCAAAAAGAAGCAGGAGGCCGAGGCUGCCGCCAAGGCCCCAGGAAAGCGAGGCCGGAAACCAAAGAACAAGCCUCCUGUCGGUCAAGUCGGGGUGCCUUCAGUAGCAGGAUCGACGACUACAGCGCCUCUCAAGCCGCCGACUGAUCCCAAGACCAUUGUCGACCCAAACAUCUCAAAGACAGGCGAGACACACCGUUUCUUUCAGGAAGUCAAGUCGUCUCAACUGAGUGCAGCAGGAGCAGGAUCGACCUCAUCAGAAUUGAACCCGGACGGAACAACCCUCCGUGUCGUCCGUCGCUACAACUCCAAACCACAGGAAUCGCCAUUCCCGCUUCGGCAUCAACAGUUUCAUGGAUCGGAGACGAUUGACGCGAUCAAUGGAGUAGUAUCACAACUCUGUGGUCUCGACACUUCCGCCUCUUCGCCGGCUCCGUUGUCUUCGACCUCCUUACAACAGGAUACUCACACGAACCAGCACAAUAUGCUCGCAUCAAAGAACAGCAACUCGCAUGGGUGGUACUCUUUGCGGACAGGCCUGGAUCUAGGGAUCACAGCACCAGACUACAAACCCAGUCCGCGAGGCAAGGACUGCUGGACUCAUUGGGGCAGCAGCAAGGACCAGAGGUGGCGCGACUGGUCCGAACAGAGUUAUCGCCUACCACGCCCCACGGCCAAGGAGAAGAUGAUCCUCAGUCAGUCCGACGAGCCUGACGAAUUUGAGUCUUGUCGACGAGUAGGAGCGAACGAGCGUCUUUGGCAUCAGACUUGGGCAACAACACUUCUCGGCACCGCAGGAAUCGAGCCAGGGUCAGUUGAUGUUCCCGGAGAACUCAAGUAUGGAGAGCUGUGGACAGAUAAAUACCGACCAAACCAAGGGGCAGAGAUUCUGGGCAACAGGGCGAACACCGAGUAUCUGACACGCUGGCUCAAGAGACUGGAGGUGUCUGGAUGGACAUUGAACCCGGAGGAGUCGUCCGCUGGCGGCGGCGGUGGAGUUGGAUCAGGCGCUGCAGGGUUGGGCAAGAAGGGGUCGGACAUCAUGGGAGCAGCCAGGAAGCGCCGGAAACGUACCAAGCGGAAGGACUUGAACGAUCUCGACGAUUUUAUUUCUUACGAUGAUCUGGACGACUUUGAGGAACCUUACGGAUACAAGAGUGACGAGGAGGAGGUCGAGUUCAAGGCACAUAAGCCUCUGACUUCGUUUUCAAUGUUGGCUAGCUUGGACCCUAUGUACGAAGAGGACGGAUCGACGAUAGCCCGAUCAAGGUCACUACCGAAGAAGUUUGAUAUCAAGUCAAACGCGAUUCUGCUUAGUGGGCCGACUGGAAGCUGCAAGACUGCGGCUGUCUAUGCCUGUGCGGAGGAGAGCGGAUAUGAGGUCUUUGAGGUCUCUCCAGGAAUGCGGCGGACAGGAAAGGAGGUUCUGGGACUGGUCGGCGAGAUGGCAGAGAAUCACCAUGUUCACGUCGUUCCUGGCAAGACUGAGCUCAAAGAGGAUGUCCACAGUGUUAUGAGCGUGAAGAAACAAGACAGUCCAGUGCCUGCCCCAGAACCGAAAAAGUCAACGCUGCAUUCCUUUUUCCAGCAGAGCCAGAAGGUCGUGCAAGAGGACGAGGAUGAAGUCAUGGAGGAGGCUGUCUUAGAGGAGAACGAAGAUGAGGAUGAGGAUGUUAUCGUUGAUUGGUUGGACGAAGACGGCUCGCAAGCGGCACAAAUCCCAGAUACCCGGCAGACAAGGUCAUCGUCGUCAUCGACGUCGACACCGUCAGCGGCAAAAGAGACGGAUGAGGAGGAGCAGGAUCAAGGCGAGUCAUUAGCGCACCACGAGGAUACAUUGUCCGACCUGUACUCGCUUCUUUCGACGACCAACCCUCGGCAAUCUCUCAUCCUGUUGGAGGAGGUGGAUAUCCUGUUCGAGGACGACAAGGGAUUCUGGGCGAGCAUUGUGGCCUUGCUCGCCAAGAGCAGGCGACCAGUCGUUAUGACCUGCAAUGAUACAUCCAAGAUCCCAGCCUCGAUGAUCCGGUUCCAGGAACACCUCGAGUUCACGCGUCCAGGAUUGCGAGAACUGCACCUCUACUUGACGGCGGUGUGCAGGAUCGAGGGCUACAUUUGCUCGUCUGAGUACAUUAUUGGCGUUAUCAAGCAGAACCGAUACGAUGUGCGGAGGUGUAUCAUGCAGCUUCAGUACGACUCUGGUGUUGUCAAGAACCGGUCGCAGCUGUCCAAAUCUAGUUCCUCCAGUAGUCCAGGAUCAAGUCGAGGAGGUAGUCCGAUCGCGGUCGAGUCUUCUGGAGUAGGGAUUGUCACCCCUGCAACAAACGGGGAAAGGACGCCUCAAGGCGAAAGCGGCAGAUCAUCGCCUACACCUGGAUCACCCAUGCGGAAAAAGCCUCAGAGGCUCAUGCGGAUCAGUGCCAGGAACAUUAUCCCGGCCACUGCGCCUACGUCGGGUGGUGAGAGGAAGAAAGUGUUGCCUAGUCCUAUGCAGGAGCUGGGACAACUGGAGGUCCAAUUGCAGUAUGCCGAUACCAUGUCCUUGAGCGAUUCUUGCCUCCGCAUGCCACCUGACCGAAUCCUCCAGUGCUUUGAGGCGGACCAGUUUGCGGCGAGCAAGGACGAUGUCGUGGGACAGUACUUCCCAAUCUUCAAACGACCUUCCGGCACAGACCACCUAUUGAUGGAUCAGGAAAUUGCGGCGCUCGUUGAAGAGGGCUGUGAGUCGUUGUACUUGAGCCUGUGUGGCCAGCAAGGGUUGGACCCUGCCAAUGUCUUUGACAUUGCCACGAGUAGAAUGGAUCCUGUCGAAUCCAUGACCGACAAUUUUGUACCCAAGAACAACGACAUGUCUAGAAUGCUGUUAAAUAUGCAGCCGGCAUUAGAGGAAACUUUACCGGUGCACGGACUGCGGUUCAAUUUGGAUGUGACGUUCGGGACCUAUGCGCCCAUGAUUCGGUCCAUGUUCCAGGCCGAUCUGGUGAAUACCGCCGUUCCUACGGGGAAACGGACCAUGCGCAGUGGUGGACAUCUAAGACGGCAUAUGAAUAUGCCUUCUGGUGCUGAAAGCAGUGCCAUGCUCUUGACCUGUUUCCCUACUACUACUUUGGCCACGAUGGUCACGUCUCCUUCUCCUUCUCCUCCUUCUCCACCAUCAUCUGAUUAG